AGAAAAAUCUUUUAUAAAUCCUGCAAACUGACGUCUUCUUCCAGUAUUGAUACUACUGUAUUUAGUAUAGUGGACUCUAAUACAGCAUCAUCUACUAAUACCACCGCGUACAAAAACAAUCAAGAUAUGAGAAAGUGUAAAGUUUUUGUGGGGUCCUCCCACCCUGAGUUGGGAAGAUUGGUAUGUGAAAGGUUAGGAGUGGAACCAGCCCCAUGUAGCUUAAAAAAGUUUUCCAAUGGAGAAACUUCGGUUCAAAUUGGUGUGUCUGUCAGAGAUGAAGAUGUAUAUAUAAUUCAAAGUGGGUCACCUGAAAUCAACGACCACAUAAUGGAGUUAUUGAUUUUAAUAUCUGCUUGUCGGGGUGGGUCUGCCAAUAAAAUCACCGCUGUUAUUCCUCAAUUCCCAUAUUCCAAGCAAUCCAAGAUGAAGAAACACAGAGGGGCCAUCACCGCCAGAAUGUUGGCCAAUUUGUUAAUCAUGGCAGGUGCAGAUCAUGUGGUGUCGAUGGACUUACAUGCCUCCCAAAUGCAAGGUUUCUUCACCAAACCGGUGGAUAACUUAUUUGGAGCACCCACGUUGGCUCGUUGGAUUCGUCACAAUGUUCCCGAAUGGGAAAAGGCUGUGGUGGUAUCCAAGAAUCCUGGUGGAACCAAACGAGUCACCACUUUAGCAGAUGCUUUGAAGAUCAAUUUCGCUAUGAUUCACACUGAUAGGAGAAGAACUCACGAUGGAUAUUCAAGCAAGAAUAAAAAGAAGAAUCUCAAGACAUCUCGGGCCUCCAAGACUGCUGAUGAAGAAGAGGACAACAUUGUAAGCGAAAUGCAAACUGCCAGAAUUGUUCAAGGGCAUGUUGUUGACGAUGAUUAUCAAGCAGGGGGAAAUCCAGAUCCUCAAAGUCAUCCCGAGAAGACUCCUAUUUUGGACUCGGAUGCAUUAGGUGGCUCUUAUGAUGCUGAUAACUCUGAUGAUGAAGAUGAGUUGACAUUGACGUCACAAGAAAAAUUAAUCACAUUAGUGGGUGAUGUCAAUGAUAAACCAGCCAUAAUAUUGGAUGAUAUGAUUGACAAGCCAGGGUCUUUUAUCGCAGCUGCUGAACAUUUAAGAAUGAACUGCGGGGCAAAAUCAGUCUACAUCUUGGGAACCCAUGGGCUUUUCCAAGACAAAUGCUUGGAAACUUUAAACGAGAGUAGUUGUAUCGACAAAAUUGUUGUGACCAACACUUAUCCAAUAUCUAAGGAAAGAAUUGAGCAAAACAAGAAAUUGAGCGUGAUUGAUGUGUCACCAAUUUUCGCCGAGUGCAUCAGAAGAGAUCACUUUGGUGAGUCGAUUUCGGUGUUAUUCGACUCUUUGGCAGCCUUUGAAUAAGCUUGUUUGAGUUUGCCAUUCUAUUUAUUAUCGUGACUUGAAAUGAAUACAUGAAUAUUCAUGCGUAGAAAACAUUUCUUCCCCAACGAUGCAUCCACUUUUGGGAUGCAGUACUCAUUUCUUCAAUAAAUGAUAGUACUAACGGAGCGUUGGAACAUUAAAUAGGAACAAGUCUCUCGCAAUAAUCGCCAACUUUUUUGUAUGAUGGCCGGUACCACUUGGGACAGUUUUAACAAUUAACGAGAAUAUACGAAGGAAUCUUA